CUUAUCACUAUGGAAACGUUUACUUGGGCUCUCCAGUAAGACGCUUCUUGAAGUAGCGCUUAUUUAUUACGUUUAAGUCCAGCGCCUACGAUUGUGUUUAAAACUAUGAGAUUUAUGCAGAGAAUAUUUUCAUUUAAUACAAGAUUACAGAACACUAACAGUAAAAUCUGGGCAGAUAUCAAGACCAGUUUAGUGGUAACUAGACAGAAAAGAUCCUUUUUAAUUAGACCUCCAAAAUUCAUACCAUUAUUUUUUAGAUUUCAUUGUACAGCAUUUUUGGAAAUGCUGAAAGGGAAGGUUGAAGAGGAACAUGUAUUUAUGCCACCUCGUCACGUGCAUGGAAUGACUGAACUUAAAAGAGAUGCAUUUACAAAGUCCAUAAAUGUCCCAGCUCUUAAGGUAAAAAAAGAAAUAAUUAACAGACUUAUGAAGCCAUUGAAACAAAUAGCCUUGCAGCGUCCAGGGCUCAAGCGUGUCAUGGAAGACCCAGAAGAUGAAAACAAAAGACUUAUUAUUUUAGAUCCAUGUCAGAUAUCAUCAGCAGAUUCUUUUGAUGACUCUAUUAAAAUAGUACUGGGACAGUUUGGUGUUGAUCUUCAAGUCUAUACACACAACUUGGAACUAACUUAUGAAAAUUUCAAAACAGAAGAAAUUUUACGUGCUGUUUUACCUGAAGGUCAAGAUGUGACAUCAUCAUUCAGCCGUGUUGGGCAUAUAGCUCACAUGAAUCUUAGAGAGCAUCAGCUACCAUACCGAUAUUUAGUAGGACAGGUAAUAAUAGACAAAAAUCCUGGUGUGACUUCAGUAGUUAACAAAACAAAUAUAAUAGAUAAUGCUUACAGAAACUUUCAGAUGGAGCUACUAGCUGGUGAGGACAAUAUGAUUACAAAGGUUAAAGAAAAUGGUUUUACCUAUGAAUUUGAUUUUUCUAAAGUUUAUUGGAAUCCUCGCCUUGGUACAGAACACAACCGUAUAGUGGCCCUUUUGAAAGCAGAAGAUAUUGUGUUUGAUGUAUUUGCUGGAGUAGGACCUUUUGCCAUUCCUGCUGCCAAAAAGAAUUGUGCAGUAUUAGCUAAUGAUCUCAACCCUGAAUCAUGUAAAUGGCUUGUACAUAACUGCAAACUGAACAAGGUGGACAGAAGAGUUAAGACUUUUAGCCUGGAUGGCAGAGAUUUCAUCCUGGGUCCCUUAAAAGAUGAGCUAAAUAAAAUAAGCACAGAUGUAGGUAAUUCCUCUGUGCACAUCAUCAUGAAUUUGCCAGCCUUGGCCAUUGAUUUCCUGGAUGCAUUUAAAAAUCUCCUAGAUAAGGCUUCUAAUAAUAAUCUUCCUACAGUUCACUGUUAUGGUUUCUCUAAGGAUGACAAUCCUGCCAAAGACAUCAAGGAAAAAGCUGAAAGUGUGUUGGGUGUUUCUUUGGAGGGACAUUGCUGUGUUCAUCAGGUGAGGAAUGUGGCACCGAAUAAGGAAAUGAUGUGCAUAAGUUUUCAGCUCCCUGCAGAGGUGCUGUACAAAGAACACUCACAAUUUCAAGUUUCAGUAAUUCCAGAAGAAAAUGAACCCAAGCCUAAACGCAUCAGAACAGAUCCAAGUGUUCAAGAAUAAUCUCAUAUUUCUGAAAAGACAGGAACGUGUACAGUAACAUGCUUUUUCUUCAGUCAUUAUCAGCACCAUGAAGAAAUGGAUGCAUUGUAUUCUGAAUUAAUUGCUGAAUCCUUCGAAAAUGUGAUUUCAUGAUCUGUGAAAUUAAAAUACAUGCUGCCAAAAUGUUGGGAACAGUAAGAAUGUUAAUACUGUACCACAGAUGAAAAUUGAGUUCACAAAUUGCUUUCCAUGUGGAAUGCUUUUGUCAAAUAUUCCCAUCAAUGAUUGAAAAUAACAGUGUUCUGUAACUGACUGGAAAGUAAAUUUUGUUUUUAUGGAAAUAGAAUUAAACAGUCAAGUUUAUUUGAUCAGUAAAUAAAACAAACAGAACUGAUGCGGGGAAACAGUC